AUGCCUAAGGAAGAAGGUGGACUUGGUUUUAGAAGGCUCGAGGAUAUGUCUAUGGCCUUGUUCUCAAAACUCUGGUGGAACUUUAGAUCCAGGCCUUCUUUAUGGAGUUCAUUUAUAAGCAACAAGUACUUAAAAAAGAACAGUCCAAUCCUGGUACCUUGGAAAGAAGAUUCUCAUCUUUGGAGAAAAAUGUUGAGAGCAAGGGAUGCAAUUGAUCAUCUCAUUUGGUGGCAACUCAGAAUGGGCUCUUCUUUAUUUUGGUUUGACAAUUGGUCUGGAUUGGGACCACUCUAUUUUCUUACUCCUCCUGAUUUUUACUGUGAUGAGAACAUCAAUAAUGUUGCUGAUGUGGUUAUAGAAGGCAGGUGGAAUGAAAAUAUUCUGAGGAACUGUUUACCUGAGGAACUUGCGGAACAUAUACUGCAUGAAGUACACCCUCCUAGUAGUCUUCAUCAACUUGACAAGCCAUGGUGGACACUGGAAGCUAGGGGUGAGUUUUAUGUGAAAUCAGCUUGGGAGUAUUUAAUGUCUAGAGGUCAGCCUAGGGAUGCAUACAAGAAGAUUUGGGUGAAAAGCCUGCCUUUCAAAAUAGCCUUCUUGAUGUGGAGGGUGUGGCAUUUCAAAGUACCUCUGGAUGAUGUGAUUAGAAGCUGGGGAUACCAUAUGCCAUAA